CAAAAAUAACAACAAAUCUGCAAGGAAACGAAGAGCAACAACAAGGAGAUGUUUUGCUGUUUAAAAAGGCUCCGUCUGUCUCUGAAGAUCUGCAUGGGAAUGUGCUUCCAGAAGGAUAUAUCAAAGGAGAGUAAGAAAGCCAAAAUAAAGAGCUGUGUAAUCGAACAGGACCUUUGUGAACAUGCCAGGGCUGAAAGGGAUGUAAUCAAAAUCCUCAUGCUUGGAGUUGCAGAGAGUGGAAAGAGCACAAUAAUCAGACAGAUCAAGAUAAUACACAGCUUUGGCUUCUCCAAACAGGAACUCCUCAGUUUCAAGCCUGCAGUGUUGGAUAACCUUCUGACCUCUAUGAAGAUUGUUCUGCAAGGAAUGGGCAAGCUGCAGAUAAACCUUGCAAACAAGAAGAACAAGAUCCAGGCUCGCUCCAUUCUGUCCUGCAGCCAGUGUUUGGGAUACGACCAGGAGCUGCUUCCUUUUGUGGCGCAAGCCUUCUAUGCCCUUUGGGCCGACCAAGGAGUGAGGGCCGCUGCAGCCAGAGGAUGCGAGUACAAGCUGAACAACUCUGCCCUCUACUUCUUUGAAAACAUAAGUCGAAUCAUCUCACCAAACUACGUUCCCACUGAAACAGAUGUCCUGAGAGUCAGAGUGAGGACCUGUGGAAUCAUUGAGACACAGUUUCAAGUUGAUGAAACAAUCUUUAAAUUGUAUGAUGUUGGUGGCCAGCGGAGUGAAAGGAGAAAGUGGCUGAGCUGCUUUGAUUCUAUUCACGCCUUGCUGUUUGUUGUGGCCCUCAGCAGCUAUGAUCAGACGUUGCUGGAGGAUCCAUCAAUGAAUCGACUUCAGGAAAGUCUUGAACUUUUUACAUCAAUCUGCACUAACACAGUCUUCCAGAAAAUCUCUCUGAUUUUGUUGCUGAACAAAACUGACCUUUUCCGGGAGAAAAUCCUGCGCUCUGGGAGACACCUGAAAAUUUACCUUUCAUGCUAUGAAGGAGCAGACUGUGACGUGGAUGCUGCAGCCCACCAUGUUGCUGCCAUGUUCUCAGCCUGCAACGUGGCCGUAAGCAGACUUGUGUACCACCACUUCACCAUGGCCACCGACACUGAAAGUAUGAAGGGGGUCUUCAACGUGGUCAUUGAUCAAAUCAUCAAGGAAAACCUAGCAUCUGUGCAACUGUUAUAGGUCUCCUCUACAGUCUGUGUUUAGUAAUUGAUUGCUGUGAUUUCAAUAAUUUUAAUUAUAAGGUAUUUUUAUUUUUGUGAUUUUAUUUUAUUUUUUUUUACUUGCUAAGAUAUUUCUUGAAACUGUGCUGUUUUUCAUUGUAAUAUAUUUUAAAUAAAGUCCUGAUCAUCUUA